CGGCAUACAUCCGGCAUCGCGUCACGCAUCCAUGAGUCCAGCAGGGGAGCACCAGCAGCUGUAGCACCACUCUGACCUCAUAUCCCCCUUCGUUGCCAACUGCGAACUGCAAUCUCGACGCGCGACCACAUCUCGACAAAACCCCCCCUUGUGACGAGCCCACCUUUGCAUGGAGGGAGAGCCUCUCUGAUCCAUGGCCCCUCCCUCGGGCCUCCACCAAGCCGCCUUAUCCUCCGACUUCGAGACCCCUUUCCCGCCCCUCGUCCGAUCAUCUACCGUGCCCGUCGGUCCCAAGUCGCACCGCACCGAUCCCUCCCAUCUGGCCCCCGAAGAUGCCUACUCCCCCGUCUCUCCGCCGCGCCGAACCGGUCUCUACAAUGUAGACGGCAGCGGAAGCGGCAGCAACGCGCCCAAUGGCUCCACAAACGAGCUACGACCGAGACAUAUCAGGCGCAAAGAUGGCAGCAGGAGCAGGAGUAGGAGGAGGCAGAAACGCUUUCAGAAGUUACUCUGGGUGAAGCAGUCAUACCCUGACAACUACACCGACCAGGCGACCUUCCUCGAGAAGCUCCAGCGCAACCCGCGCGUCAAGCCGUACGACUUCUGGCCCCUCGUUGCCGACUCGACUGUCAUUGUCCAACAAGUAUGCUCCGUCAUCAUCUUCGUCGUCUGCUUCGUCGGCAUCUUCCAGGAGCGCGUCAGUCCCGUGUCCGUGGUAGGCUUUGGCAGCUUUGCGACCUUCAUCGGCUGGCUACUAUGGGAUUGGUGGGUAGGGGAGGAGAGUCUGAGAGCGCAAGGCGCAAUGGAUGGGACUACACAUUCGUAUAGGGGGCGGGACCCUCGUCCCGUUCGGCGCCAGGACUCUCUUGGUGGCCCAACUCGUAACGCGAGCAUAGUCAGUCUUUCGGGAGCGGAAGCGGGAGCAGGAGCAGGAGCAGCAACAUCGACUCCGGCGUCCGCCUUACCCUCGGCUGCGCCGUCACCGCGUCCUGAUCAACAGCUACACAUCCCCCGCUUCAGCAUCGGCCCGACCGACUCGCGCUCCGCAAGCAUCGAACCCUCUACCGCCGCCGCCUCCCGCGCCGGCUCGCGGGCCCAAUCGGUCGCCGACUUCCACGAAGCCCACUACGGUCACCACCGGCACCGGUCCUCGACCUCCUCUCCGAUCCGCGGCGGCGGCGUUAUCCCUGGGAACAGCCGCCUUCAGCUCCGUUUAUCCACAAUCAAAUCUGCCAUCCUAAUCUACUUCACCCUCCUGGGACUCUCCCCGAUCCUCAAGUCGUUGACCCGAUCAACCUCCUCCGACUCCAUCUGGGCCAUCUCCUUCUGGCUGCUUGCCAUCAACAUCUUCUUCUUCGACUACUCCAUCAACAACAACCCGUUCACACAGGCAACCAUCACCAACCCUCACUCGAACCAAACCGGCGGUAUCGUGACCGGAGGCUCGACCCCAGCGCCAGCCGGAGUCGCAGUGCGAGCCGUAACCGGAGCCGGAGCCGCAACCGGAACCGCAACGCCCAUCCCAACUUUAACCUCAACUUCCCCAACCGCAAGCGGCACUUCUACGCCUGCCACCGGCACCAGGGCCGUCCCCGGUACCUCCACCACUCCCACCGCAACCGGAGCUCCAUCUGCAACCGCAAUCUCAACAGCCACAGGUGGCACAGCCCCCAUCCCAACCCAACACAAAUUCCCCAUCGCCUCGCUCUCCACCAACGCCGCUCUUAUGGCCUCGACCGUUCUCGCCUCUCGCUUACCCUCCACCGGCCAAGUCUUUUCCCUUACCUUAUUCUCCAUCGAAGUCUUUGGCUUAUUUCCCGUCUUCCGGCGGUACGCUCGCCACCGUUCGUUUCGGUAUCAUCUCAUCUUGACUGUGCUACUGUUGUUGGGAGCGGGGGCCGGGGUGGGGAUUAUUAUUGGGGCGCCUUGUCCCCCACCCGGUACUUCUUCCCUCUCUGGUAUACCCACCGGGGCAGCAGAUAUCAUGCUUAGAGAAGACGGGAUAGGAAUGAAAGGGAUGGAAGGAAUGAUAUUAUUAGGAGGGAUGGGGGGGAUAUCCCAAUGCUGGCAAACCUGGCUCAAACACUCUUUGCUGGGGAUGAUUGUGUCCUGUCUGAUCGCGGCCUUGGCCAUGGGCGGGUGCAGCUGGUGGCUGAUUGGGUUGCAAAAGUACAAGAACGAGAUUUACGGGCCGUGGGACCCGGCGAGGCCGAUUAUUAUUAGUAGACGGUAUUACGAUGAUGAAUGAAUCACCUGGGAUUGGGUUGGGUUGGGUUGUAUAAAGAGGGGUGGGUUGGUGGGUUAAAGAGGUUUAGAUAUUAUGGGUUUGGUUUUAAAUAAUGUUUCUCAAGUUUUUUGGGUAUAUAAUGCGGAUUACUGUGAUGACUUGUAUAAUAACGUAAUGGAGGUUGUAUGAGAGUGAAGUGGAAGGGUAUGUGAUGGUGGUGAAGAGAUGAUGAAGAGAUGGUGGUUGUUUCUCUAAGUAAGGACAGCAUAGAGACGAAUCAUAUCACUCUUCACAUGCCGCUCAGGAUCACAAUCAACAA